GACGAAAGAGCAUAAUCUUGAAAUGGUGCACCUUGCGUCUGAUGAUGUAACAAUUCCCGAAGAAUUGACUGCUUUGAAUUAUCAAUUUUAUCGUCAUUUAACUCCAUCAGAAGCUGCUGAGACAACUGUUGAAAAGAAGAAUGAUGUCACGAAUGUUUCGCCUGCACAAUUGCAAAAGAGUCAACGGAAAGAUAGUUUAUCAAGUACUAGUGGAACCAAAGCUGGGGAGGGUGUUACAGUGAUUUCUGUGAACAACAUUCGUCAAUUAGGAAAUACAGAUAUGGACAUUUUGAAUAAUGUUGUUCAAGAGUACGAAAUUCCCGAAGAAUUUCAUUUUGCUCUUUUAAACCGAAUUCGAAUCGCAACUAGCAUCACUUCGACAGAAUCUAGACGAAGAUUGUUAAUAAUAAGGAUUCUCGCAAUUGCUAUAAUGGCACACGUGAUUCCAGAACAAGUCGCACAACCAAAGUUGUUUUUAUAUGAGCCAGACAUUGUUUCUAACCUUGCUGAAUUAGUUCAUCCAGAUCGAAAUGUACCAUUUGACAUCCAAACGGUUUCAUUCUUUGCUUUGGAUGGGAUCAGUCGGUACCGAUCUAAACUUGGUGAGGUACUAACAGCAAUUAAUGCAUCGGCCAAUCAUGGCAUUCUUCUUUACGUUUUACGGAGAGUGAUUGCGGAUUUAGAUCGUGAUCGUCAAAUAUAUCCUCAGGAAUAUUACGAUUCCCUAUUUGCUUUAAUAUCUUAUAUAAUCACUACACAAACUGGUGGAACUAUGGUAAUAUCAGCCGGAAUAGUUCCAACACUCUUGCAAUUGAUAAAUAAUAAAAUUCCGCAUCAGUUAAAA